UGCACCUCCCGCCGAUCGCGCCCCGUCGCCGAGCCCCCGCCGGUCUGUUAUGGCGGCGGCGGCGGCGGGAGGCUGCUGGCUGCCGCGGGCCGGGCCGUAGCGGGCGGCAGGCGCCAAGCCCCGCACCAUGCUGGCUGCCGCUUGGCUGGGCAGGGGGUUCUGGGGGCUCCUCCGCGGGGCGGGGCGGAGGCGAGCGGCCGGCGGCACUAGGCCGCUGGCGGCGGAGCGGGGUGGAGGCCGCCAUGGCGACGGCGGCGUCUUCUGCCUGGCGGCGGGCGCGGGGGGGUACCAACGGCUGCUGCGAGCGCCCGCCGCCCGCCUCCUCAGCGCCGGGGCUGGGGCCGGUCCGCGGCGGGCGGGGAGCGGCGGGGCCGGGCCGCCCGACUCCCCCCUUCCCCCGGAGCGGCGUGUGGCGGGGCGGUGCGCCGAGCUGUAUGAAAACCCCUGGACGAUCCCAAAUAUACUGUCAAUGGCAAGAAUGGGUUUGGCGCCCGUUUUAGGCUAUUUGAUUGUUGAAGAAAAUUUCAGUGUUGCACUAGGUGUCUUUGUUUUGGCCGGCGUAACGGAUUUGUUGGACGGAUUUAUUGCACGAAACUGGGCUAAUCAGAAAUCAGCUUUGGGAAGUGCUCUUGAUCCUCUGGCUGAUAAAAUUCUCAUCAGUGUGCUCUAUGUCAGCCUAACUUGUGUGAAUCUUAUCCCAGUUUCACUUACUUCCAUGAUCAUCCUGAGGGAUGUAGCGCUCAUUGCUGCUGUUUUUUAUGUGCGAUACAAAACUCUUUCUCCACCGAGAACACUCAGUAGGUAUUUUAACCCUUGUUAUGCUACUGCCCAAUUAAAACCAACAUUCAUUAGCAAGAUGAAUACAGCGGUCCAGCUAAUGUUGGUGGCAGCUUCUUUAGCAGCUCCUGUUUUCAAUUAUGUGGACAGCGUAUAUCUGCAGACAUUAUGGUGCGUCACAGCUUUCACGACGGUAACAUCUGCGUACAGCUAUUACCACUACGGCCGAAAAACGGUUCAGGUGAUAAACAACAAAUGAAGUAUUCCCGAAAGGGCUGGCUCUCGGCCACAUGGUGUUCUCUGCUGCUGAAGGUGGCUGUAACGCAACCAAGUUUUGGAUCAAGAGCUCUUUGUUUUUCUGCUUAGACCAUGGAUGGUAUCACAAUGAAGUGAAGUUUGAACAUGUACUGUGUAUAUAUAUAUAGAGAGACUUUUCAAUGUAUUUUUAAUUUGUUUAAAAAUAAGGUUGUUUACAAAACCAAAUAAAUAAUAUUCUUAAAGAUGCAGGUC